AUGGCUUCAACAACACGAGUUCCAUCUACAUCUUCUACCUUCAACCCUCAAUCAUCCGCUUCCAGUCUGCAGACUUCAUCCAGCGGCCAAAGGCCUAAUCCUCAUGACUUCAUGCGUCGAUCAUCACUUCCCCGGACCGCGUCCACCACGCCAUCGCUGAUUCGGGGCUCCCAGACGCCAGCCACUCCAACUCUUAGCACUGGAACCACGACAGGCAGCGGACGCCGCUCCCGCCCAGCAUCCUCUAUUGGUGCCAGCGAAGGACAUCAAAUCAUUUGCGCCGUCGGUGAAGCUCGCGGGGUGUCUCCAUCUGUUGGAAUGGCCUUCAUCAAUGUUUCAACAGGCGAGGCUGUACUCAGCCAGAUUUGCGAUAAUCAGUCCUAUGUGAAAACGACCCACAAGUUGACCGUGUUUGAGCCCAGCCGCAUCCUUAUUGUCUCCACUGCUUGUCCUCCCAAUCAUAAGAGCAGCCUUUACGCCACCAUUGAGGAAGAGCUGCCAGGUGUACCGAUCGUCCCUUUGGACAGAAGAUAUUGGUCUGAGACAGCUGGUCUGGAAUUCAUCCAGGCCCUUGCUUUCAAAGAGGAUGUCGAUGCUAUCAAAGUUGCCAUCGAAGGUAACUUCUAUGCUACUUGUUCAUUCUCUGCUGUCAUGAAAUACCUCGAACUGGAAUUCUCAAUGACAAUCUCGAGUCAUUCCCUGCGAAUAAAAUAUCAGCCGUCUGAAGAGUCCAUGAUGAUCAGUCUUCCCACCAUUCAGUCCCUGGAGCUCAUACAAAAUCUCCAGGACCCUUCGUCCAAGGCUUGUUUAUUUGGUCUGCUGAACGAAACGAAGACGCCCAUGGGGAAGAGAAUGCUCCGGAGCAAUGUGCUUCAGCCAUCCACGCAGACUGAAGGAGUCCUGACUCCAAGGUAUGAUGCGGUUGAGGAGCUUUGUACCAAGGAGGACAUGUUCUUCCAAGUUCGCAAUGCUUUGAAAGUUUUUGGCGACGUUGAGAAAUUGCUCACCAAGAUGAUACUUCUUCCCACCGAGCCCUCUUUGCAGGCCAGUGAGCAAGCAAUCAAUGAAGUUCUUAUGAUCAAGUCCUUUGUGGCCGCUGUGCCUGGCGUCUUCGGUUCUUUGGCCACUGCGCGGUCCACUUUACUAAUCAAGAUUCGAGAACACUGUCGGCCCGGCAUGACCAACCCGAUUCUCGAGCGCAUGGCCGAAGUUAUCAACGAUGAUGUCACGUAUGUCACCAAGCCUCUUGAUCUCCGCAACCAGAGAGUCUAUGCUGUGAAAUCAGGUGUGCAGGGGUUGCUCGAUGUGGCCCGCACCACUUACAAGGAAGCUACCGAAGAUUUGCACAAGCAUGUGGAAGGGCUGAACUCUGAGCUGGGACUUGCAGCAGAUCUCAAGUUUGACAACCAACGUCGUUAUUGGCUUCAAUUUCGCUGCGCCGAUUUCGAGAAUGGUCUGAUACCCAAUGCCCUCAUCAACUGUGUUCGGAAAAAAGAAUAUCUAGAGUGCCAAACACUCCAAAUGGUGAAGCUCAACCAGCGCAUGACUGACUCGGUAGACGAGGUCAUUAUGCAGAGUGACAAGGUCGUCAGGCACUUACUGGACUCGAUCAGGACCGACAUUCCUCAACUUUUCAGGGUCUGCGAGAGCAUCGCGCUAUUGGACAUGCUCGCCGCAUUCGGACAAACAGUGACGACCCGAGACUAUACAAGGCCUCAAUUGAAGGAUGCACUGGCCCUCAAAGCAGCCCGCCAUCCCAUAUUUGAUUCGACCCUAGAAAGGUUCAUACCAAACGACUACUAUGCGACAGAACAGCAUGCGUUCCAAAUAAUCACCGGCUGCAACAUGAGCGGCAAAAGUACCUACAUCCGGACUGUGGCGAUGCUGCAAGUCAUGGCCCAGAUCGGCUGCUUCGUCCCAGCUCAGUUUGCGUCCUUCACAAUCGUGCACAACUUGUUCUCCCGAACUUCCACAGAUGACAGCAUCGAGUUAAACAUGUCAACCUUUUCUGUCGAGAUGAGGGACAUGGCCUUCAUCCUGGGAAACAUCAACAACAAGAGUCUCGCCAUCAUCGACGAGCUGGGUCGCGGCACCAGCACACGCGACGGCCUGGCCAUUGCCAUCGCCAUGGCCGAAGCACUGGUCCAAAGCAACGCCCUGGUCUUCUUCGCGACGCACUUCACGGAGCUCGCCCAGGUUUUGCAGGACCGCCCCGGCGUGCUCAACCUUCACCUCGAGACAGAGACCACGGUCGCCGACGAUAAUAUUCCCCAGAUGACCAUGUUGUACAAGGUUGGCUCUGGCCCCGUGCAGGAUGAGAACUACGGUAUCAAGCUCGCACGCGCGAUCGGCUUCCCCAACACGUUCCUCGAUCGCGCCGAGGACGCGGCCAAUUUCCUGAGGCGCCAGGCCGAGGCCAAGAAGCAGAGCUCCGAGUCGCGGAGGCUGGCGCGGCGGAGGAAGCUGAUUCUCAACCUGCGCGAGACGCUGCAGCAGGCGUGCGACAGUGAUAUGGGCGAGGAGACGCUGCGGGGUUUCUUGCUCCGAUUACAGAGUGAGUUCAUUACUCGCAUGGAGGAUAUUGAGAAGGGCGCCGCUGCUGAGGUUGAAGAAGAGUCCGAGAAGGGAACGGGCUCUUCGUCACCAGCACGGGAUGCUGGUGAUUUGGGGAAGACGGGCUCGAGCGUCAUUUCUAUCUCUGAUGACGGCAGUUCGACUGACUACGGUGAAAUGGACGUCGAUGAUUGA